AGGCUGUCGGUGGCACCAGCCCGGGAGAAGGGCAAGACGGUGGCCGAGAGAGUUCCGGGAGGCGGACGGUGGCCGAGAAGGUCCGGCAUGGAGCACCUGGAGCGCUGCGCGUGGUUUCUCCGCGGGACGCUGGUGAGGGCGGCGGUGCGGCGCUACCUGCCCUGGGCGCUGGUGGCCGCCAUGCUGGCGGGCUCGACCCUCAAGGAGCUGUCCCCGCUGCCCGAGUGCUACCUCAGCAACAAGCGCAACGUCCUCAACGUGUAUUUUGUUAAAGUGGCCUGGGCCUGGACAGUCUGUCUCCUCCUGCCUUUCAUUGCCCUCACCAACUACCACCUGACGGGCAAGGCCGGCCUGGUCCUGCGGCGGUUGAGCACGCUGCUCGUGGGCACGGCCAUCUGGUAUGUCUGCACAGCCCUCUUCUCUAACAUUGAACACUACACAGGCAGCUGCUACCAGUCCCCAGCCCUGGAGGGCAUCAGACAGGAGCAUCGGAGCAAGCAGCAGUGCCACCGGGAAGGGGGCUUCUGGCAUGGCUUUGACAUCUCAGGCCACUCCUUCCUACUGACCUUCUGUGCACUCAUGAUCGUGGAGGAGAUGGCCGUUUUGGACGAGGUGAAGACGGAUCGCAGCCACCGCCUCCACACUGCCAUCACCACCCUGGUUGUCGCCCUAGGCUUUCUGACCUUCAUCUGGGUAUGGAUGUUUUUGUGCACAGCUGUUUAUUUCCACGACCUGAUCCAGAAGGUGUUUGGCACCUUUUUUGGUUUGCUGGGCUGGUACGGGACAUAUGGGUACUGGUACCUGAAGUCCUUCUCUCCCGGGCUUCCUCCCCAGAGCUCUAGUUUGACUUUGAAGCGAGAAACUUACAAGAAGUAAAAGAGAAACAAGUGAGGACAGGAGGACAAUAGCUGAUAGAUUUUCCACCUACUUUGUCCGGUGACUGGCUGAACUAUUGGUCCCACUUCAGAGACCAUGCUUACUAGGCACUUUUGUGGUAGGGUGGAGUCUGGGAAACGUUCGGGCCUCAGACUCUGCUGGUGAUGCCAUCCGUGCUGGCCGCACCACCAUUCCUGCCCGAUACUUCUCUUCUCUGGCAAGACAUGACCUUGAUCUGUUCCCUGAGGGAGAGCUAAGGCUCAGCAGAGGGACGGCAGACAGACAGCCUCAUGAUGUGGGUCAAGGGGAACCAGAGCUGCAGGACUCCCUCUGCUGUGGUCUCCCUGGCUCUGAUCCUUUUAACAGUGUUUCCCCACGGCCGAUCCUAAGAUGAGCAUUUAUCUCUGGCAGGUUCUUUAUUAAACACCCCGAUGCCUAAAGCACACUCUCCGGCUAUCGUAAUCCACCUCCUCUUUGGAGUACUGACAUUUGUACCUGGCUUUGACCAGUACCCAGCGGGGGCCACAGCCCUGCAGUGCCUGGAUGAUAUUUAUGUAUGAACAGUGGUAAGAUCUUUCUGUCUGCGCUAUUGUUAGGUGUUGGUUUUUAGAGCAGAAACCGAGAACCGCAUUUCCCCCUCUUCCCCCCUGCAUGAGGGCUUAUGGUUUAAUCAUCACCGUGGCAUUUGUUCUUUGAUGACAAAGCUUCAGUACUGCACUUUGGUGUGUGAAAAUUGUUUUGAGGGUUUUUUUUAUUGUUGUUUUGUUUUUUAGAACACUAAUUUAACUUUUUAUAAACAAAACUCUCGGCAUAUUGUAUUAAAUCCCACCUCAUAGGGUUGUUCCCUCUGUUAAGAAUAAAACUGGAACCAGGGGGCAUGGUGCUGCACUAGGGAGGCAGAGGCAGGCGGAUCUCUGUGAGUUUAAGGCCAGCCGGGUUGGUCUAUAUAGUGAGUUCUAGACCAGCCAGGGCUGUAGAGUUCGAGAUCCUGUCUCAAAAAUAAAAUAAAAUAAAAUAAAAAACAAACAACAAGAGUCAAACUGGAAAGCAGGCAUUUCAUUAUUUAAUGGAUUUUGAGCCGAGAGAGUAAUUCUGUGAAGUCCUUGUUGGUACUGAGCCUUCCUGCCCACCUACUGUUGGUCGAGAUGGAAUAAGGUCAUAGGGUCAUAGGGUCAUAGGACAAGUACCACAGGCAAGGAAGUUUUACCUUUGGAGAAGAUUAUGAUAAUUCAGAAGUGAAAUAAAAGGUCUCCCUCUGAUGCAAGAAACGAGCCACCCAUAUUACAUACCGCCACCAUGCAAAGUUAUCCAUGUUACAUAGCGGCAUGACUUUGGCCCCGCCUCCUUUUCCUUGUCCCAUCAACAGAACCACCCGAAAAGGAGAACAUUCAAUAGGAGUGACAUUUUCUCUGCAGCACUUCCUGGUUUUCAGCCAUGUCAUUAUAUGGCCUUCUCUGAAACUGCUAGGGUUAGAAGUCUCAUCAUGCAUGUCCCACACGGCAAGCUUCCAGUCUCCGAUAAGAGGAUCCCUGUCCUCUCCCAGGUGAUCUCUUAAGACCGUCACACUGAGUCCUGGCCUUUUGGAUGAUCACCCUUGUAGCUGCUUUGACGCCUCAUACCCAGCAGAGCUGGGUAACGGCACUGCCUGAUAAGCUUUGGCCUGCCUGUCCUGACUCGAGCUCAGGCUGUUAGGUGCUUAGUUAAGUUAAGAGUAAUUUCUUUCUUACUUUUAAUUUAAUUUUUUAAAAUUUAAUUUUGUUUUGUUUUGUUUUGUUUGUUUUUUUGAGUCAGGGUCUCAUUAUGCAGCCCCAACUUUCCUGAAACUCACUACGUGGACCAGGCUGUUCUUCGACUCACAGAGAUCUGCCUGCCUCUGCCUCCUUAGUGCUGAGAUUAAAAAUACACUGAUAUUAAAGCCACCAUACCUGGCUACUAAGUAAUUUUUUUUAAUAUAAGGAUAUAUUUGUAAUAUGUAUUUCAUAACCUGUUGAGCUACAGAUCAAUUUGACCAAUGAUGAUUUAUGAUGUAAGAUGGUGUUACCGAAGGGGAAGGAAGGCAGGCAGUGAGGUGUCAGCGAGGGGCUGUGGUGAGUUGGUAAGGACUGAAAACGUGUUUCACCUUCUGGGAGUUUCCACCCAUCCCCCAGGUGAGAAUGGGCCUGGGGAAGAUGGUAGAGCUGGUCCGGGCAAAGUCCCUCAGGCGUCAUGUGACCACAGAAGGGAACAGCCAUAGUGCACCCAGAAGUUCAUUGUCACGUCAAGGCCCCAGACAGUUUUCUCACAGCGUCUGACCAGGUUUAACCUUAACCUGACUAUAUGUGGGAACUCUUAGGUGCACCGCGUUCUCUACAUAUUAAUGGAUUAUAUUACAUGUACAUAUUCGUGGUACUCCUCUCUCUCCUCUUUCAAUGCCAGGGCUGGGAACCCAGGGUUUCGUGCAUGCUGGGCAAGCCCUCUACCCCUGAGCUACACCCCGAGUUCCUUGGAACCCUUGCCUUCCCUCCUGUGCAAGGAAGCUGGCAUGGGUGAGUGUUUGGACUGGGGCAGCCGUGAGAUGUAGGUUUGAGUCUCGGCAUCACUCCCAACCCACCUGACCAACUUGCGAGCCCUGUUACCCUUGCCCGUAAAGUGGAGGCGAUUCUUUCAGCACAAAAGGAGGUGACCUGUAAGAUGCUGAGGAUGAGGGCUAAUCAGGCUGUUACCUCCAAGCCUUUUUCUUGACAGUGUUGAGAAUGGUCUGGCUCCUCUAGAGAAAGCAGAGAAGCUAACAUCUUUUAGGGAACACUCAGAGCUUGGGUGUCCUAUUGAAAAUCUCGUAUCAUCUUUCAAAGUGUCUGUUGUCCCAAAGUGUUGAACAUGAGACUUUGGGGCAUCUGACCAGAGUCAUGCCAUGCUGUGUUUGCUUCCCCGGGUGGAGGUUUGCUCACUUGCUUCCAUUUGCAUCUGUCAUUGUCUGGGUACCAGAUUGUGUUUAGGAAUGGCUCAUGCCACUGUUAUGUACACACAGAGCCCAUGUGUAAACAAGCAAAUUAAAGUACACCAGAGAUGAUGGAAUCCCACA